CCAGCUUAGAGCGGUUCCUUUAAUGCCAAUGAUUUCAGUGUAACCUGACAUUGUAGUGAUGUUAACGGUGAAAAUGUUUCGUUUCUUGACUGCCGCAGGCCGGAUGGUUUACAUGUCGAGCAUCUUUGCCUUCUUCAACUGCCUGAACAUGGGAGCAUACAGUGUGUCAAAGAGAGGACUGGAGGCGUUUGCAGAUUGCCUAAGGGUUGAAAUGGCCAGUUUUGGUGUGAAGGUCAGCAUCAUCCAGCCGGGUAAUUUUGGCCAAGCCACCAACAUCCUGAAGAUGAAAACUGGUUUGGAUGUUUGGGAGAAAUUAGACGACAAACAAAAGCAAAUCUUCAACAGACAGUACAUUGAGCUGGCCAACGAGUACUUCAUGUCAACAUGCAGGUCGGGAUUCAAGAGCAGCGACAUGGUCAUCAACGCAAUUCUGCAUGCAGUCAUGUCCGCUAAGCCUAAAUACAGAUACCUGCUGGUCUCGGCGAAGGAUAUGUUUUUCUUCAAGCUCUUCCCUUUUCUCCCCACCGUCUUCACAGAUGCUGUGUUUGCCCUCAGCUCCAUGUAUGCUAAAAGAAAAGACAUGCUUUACGCUCAGUAAGAAAUAAGUAUCGUAGUGGAAGAAACAGGCUUAGGAAAACGCAUUUAAUGUUUAGUUUCUUUUCUGUCCGUUUAUAUAUCCUGUUCUAAAACGCUUGUGAAUUCAGGUCUAGAUCUGUGU